CUUCCAUCAGCCACACAACCCCAGCUUCCUGCUUUUAACCCGGCUCCAGCUGAUUAUGGAAACAUUAACAGCCCCUCUCAGUCACACACAGACAACAAUAACAACAUGUCUGAUUUUGUCAAAUUUAUGGCACGCAGAGAAAUCAUUGCAACGGGCUUAUUGCAGUUUGACGACAGGCCAGAAAAUUAUAGGGCCUGGAAGGCAUCAUUCUUAAACACCACAACCAGCCUCAACCUCUCAGCCAAGGAGGAGAUGGAUCUCCUAGUCAAAUGGCUAGGCAAGGAAUCGGGUGAACAGGCGAAACGCAUAAGAGGUGUACAUGCCUAUAACCCUGCGAGAGGCCUAGAUAUGAUUUGGCAGAGGCUUGACGAGUGCUUUGGAGCACCUGAAGUCAUUGAAAGUGCGCUUCUAAAAAAAGUGGACAGCUUUCCAAAGAUCUCCAACAGAGACUGGAAAAAACUGAGAGAGUUAGGCGACCUGUUAAUGGAGCUCCAAGCAGCCAAAUUAGAAGGAGUGCUCUCGGGACUAGCCUGCCUGGAUACAGCUCGGGGAAUAGCUAACAUUGUCCACAAACUGCCCUUUACAAUGCAAGAGAGGUGGAUGGUGCUAGGCUACACGUUUAAAAAGCAGCAUGGGGUCUCUUUUCCCCCCUUCUCUGUCCUUGUGGACUUUAUAUCUGAACAGGCGAAGAUGCGCAAUGACCCCAGCUUUUCGCUUCCUCACUAUGCUGACCAUGCAAAAUCAGAUCACCUCAAAAACACAAACAGAAUGUCAGUUGCAGUCCACAAAACAGAUGUCUCCCCACAAAAGACAGACACAACCAGAGCUCACAUUGACCCAGCAAAGCAUUGCCCAAUCCAUAAGAAGCCACACCCCAUACACAAGUGUCGUAGCUUUCGAGAUAAGUCUCUAGAAGACAGAAAGGCCCUUCUAAAGCUGAACGGUAUUUGUUUCAAAUGCUUAGCAUCCACCACACAUCUAGCCAGGGACUGUGACAAAGAGAUAAAAUGCAUUGAAUGUGGCAGCGAGAGACACCACUCUGCAUUACACCCAGGACCUACACCUGAGUUCUCAAAGGCCCUCACCCCUGCUGACGCCCAUGGCGGGGAGGGAAGUGACUCUAACAAAGAAGACCUGUCGGCCCUCUGCACUGAAGUUUGUGGAACCCAACUCAGCGGUAAAAGUUGUUCUAAGAUUUGCCUGGUGAAAGUAUUCCCAUCCGGUCAACAAGAUAAAGCAGUCAAAGUCUAUGCUGUCAUCGAUGACCAGAGCAAUCGUUCGUUGGUGAAGCCAGAGUUCUUCGAUGUUUUCGACGUAUCUUGCCAAAGCUUACCUUACCGUCUGAAAACCUGUGCAGGCGUAGCAGAGGCAAGUGGGAGACGAGCGUGCGGCUUCCAAAUAAGCUCCAUGGAUGGACACGUCACUCUGCCCCUCCCAACCUUGAUAGAGUGCAAUAACAUCCCCGACAACCGCUCAGAGAUCCCCACACCACAAGCUGCUCAUCACCACUCUCACCUAAGGCCUAUAGCGGGACAAAUCCCAGAGCUCGAUCAUGAUGCCCAAAUAAUGAUGCUUCUCGGCAGAGACAUAAUAAGAGUACAUAAAGUGAGAAGACAAAUAAAUGGAUCGCAUGACGCCCCCUACGCUCAGAAGCUAGACCUCGGCUGGGUCCUAGUGGGUAACGUCUGCCUGGGAAGAGUCCAUAAACCACCAAGUGUCAACGUCUUCUUCACAAACACUCUGGACAAUGGCAGGCAAUCACUCUUUGAACCAUGCCCCAACACGCUCCUUGUUAAAGAGAGCGUCUGUAACACAAGCCCUCCGAAUGCACCCACUCGUGUCCCAGAAAAGAAAGUGUCACAAGACAUGAGUAGACCACACCUCGGAGAUGACAUUUUUCAGAGAACAGACCAUGAUGAGAAGUUAGCUCAUUCCUUUGAAGACACGACUUUCCUCCACAUCAUGAAAGAAGGUGUUUACAAAGACGAAGAAAGCAGCUGGGUGGCUCCCCUCCCCUUCAAGCCACAGAGAAGGCGCCUACCCAAUAACAAAGGACAGACCUUGAACCGUUUUAAGUCAUUAGAAAAGUCCUUCUCCAGAAAACCUGAUAUGAAAGACCACUUUUUUGGCUUCAUGGAGAAGAUACUGGAGCAAGGUCAUGCGGAAGUGGCCCCUCCUCUUAAGGAACAUGAGGAGUGUUGGUACUUACCUCUUUUCGGGGUUUACCACCCAAAGAAGCCGGGCCAGAUCAGGGUGGUCUUUGAUUCAAGCUGUCAACAUGAUGGGGUCUCUCUCAAUGACGUGCUCCUGACCGGCCCUGACCUCAACAAUAGUCUCCUUGGAGUACUCAUCCGCUUUAGGAGAGAGGCGAUAGCCAUCACCACAGACAUACAGCAGAUGUUUCACUGCUUCGUCGUCAGACCACAAGACAGGAACUUCCUCCGCUUCUUCUGGUAUCGAGACAAUGACGAAAGCAAGGGAGUCAUCGAGUUCAGGAUGAAGGUCCAUGUCUUCGGCAAUAGCCCCUCCCCCUCUGUAGCAAUCUAUGGCCUCAGACAAGCAGCUAAGGAAGGAGAAGCUGAGUACGGUGAAGACGCUCGUGAAUUUGUGGAGAGAGACUUUUACAUAGACGAUGGUCUAAAAUCGUUGCCCUCAGCUGCAGUCGCCAUUGACCUCCUUAAAAGAACGCAGGAGAUGCUGGCCUGCUCAAAUCUACGGCUUCACAAGAUCACCUCGAACAGUGAGGAAGUCAUGAAAGCCUUCCCUACAGAAGACCACGCUAGUGGGCUAAGAGACUUGAACCUAGGUCAGGACACAUUGCCAGUUCAACGCACGCUUGGCGUUACCUGGGACCUCAAGAGCGACACGUUCACCUUCCAGGUUUCGGGUGAUAAAAAACCAUUCACUCGCCGUGGAGUGUUGUCCACCAUAAAUGGUUUGUACGACCCACUUGGAUUUGCUGCCCCAGUUGUCAUUCGAGGCAAGGCUUUGCUUAGAGACCUUACAGCAGACACCCGAGACUGGGACGCGCCCUUACCUAGCGACAAACAGGUGCUGUGGGACCAGUGGAGAGAUUCUUUGCAAGGGCUUCAAGCUCUGAAAAUCCCAAGGCCUUAUACCCAGACCUCCCCCUCUGCAGCCUUACACCGAGAACUCUGUGUUUUCUCAGACGCGUCCAUCUUAGCUAUAGGGGCAGUAGCCUAUCUAAGAGUUACGGACCAAGGUGGGGGCCUCCACGUAGGCUUCAUUCUCGGCAAAGCUAAACUUGCCCCACGUCCAGAUUUAACUAUUCCCCGCCUCGAGCUUUGCGCUGCCGUCUUAGCUGUGGACAUAGCAGAGACCAUCAAGGCAGAGAUGGACAUCCCUGUUGAUAAGGUGACCUUCUUCACAGACAGUAAAAUUGUCCUCGGAUACAUCAACAAUGAAAAACGUAGGUUCUAUGUGUUUGUGAACAACAGAGUCCAGAGAAUCAGAAGAAGUUCAGAGCCUCAACAAUGGCGUUACGUGGCUAGCAACCAGAACCCAGCCGACCUAGCAACAAGGUCUGUGCCUGCCGCUCGCCUCAAAGACACCACGUGGCUCACAGGGCCCUCAUUCUUAACACGCUCAGAGCAGUCAACUUACAGUGCAGACAACUUCGACCUAGUGAACCCAGAUGAGGAUGCAGAUGUGCGCCCCGAAGUUACUGCACUCAGCACCACUGCCGAGGAGCACCACCUCGACACACAGCGCUUUGAGCGCUUUUCCACCUUAAAGGCCCUGUUUCGAAGUGUGGCGAGCCUCAUACACAUUGCUAGCUCAUUCAAAAGAGACCCACUCAAAGAGCCGGGGGACUGUAAAGGCUGGCACUAUUGCGCUGAAUCCCAUAACACAGACAACCUCUCAAAGGCCAAGAAUGUUAUCAUCAAAGCUGUACAGGAAGAGGCCUAUCAAGAAGAACUUCAGUGCAUCAGAAACAAGAAAAACAUUCCAAAAGACAGCCCUUUACUUACCUUGAAUCCUGUGAUGGGAGAAGACGGGAUCUUGAGAGUUGGAGGCCGCAUUUCCCAGGCAAACAUCAGUCCGGGAGAAAAGAAUCCCAUCAUAAUCCCUGGGAGACACCACCUGGCCGUCCUUAUCGUGAGACAUUAUCAUGAACAGUGUCAACAUCAAGGACGUCAUCUGACUGAAGGUGCUGUGCGUGUAGCGGGCUACUGGAUUGUAGGAGCCAAAAGAUGUGUGAGCUCGCUCAUCUUCAAGUGUGUGACAUGUAGGAGGCUCAGAGGAAAAUGUGAAGUGCAGAAAAUGGCGGACUUGCCUUCAGACAGAGUCAGUAUGGAGCCACCCUUUACAUAUGUGGGGGUUGAUGUGUUUGGCCCCUGGACUGUCUCUACCCGACGCACUAGAGGUGGCCAUGCCAACGACAAGAGGUGGGCAGUACUAUUCACCUGCCUAAGCGUUAGAGCGAUCCACAUAGAAAUAAUAGAAAGCAUGGACACCUCCUCUUUCAUAAACGCUGUGAGACGCUUCAUUGCCAUUCGUGGCCCAGUGAAACAGAUGCGUUCCGAUCGCGGAACAAACUUUGUUGGAGCAUGCAAAGAACUGAACAUCUCCUCCAACUUGGAUGAGAGCAAAGUAUCCCAGUUUCUCGCAGACCAAGGAUGCAAGUGGACCUUUAAUCCACCCCACGCCUCACACAUGGGCGGAGCAUGGGAACGGAUGAUAGGAGUCACCCGCAGCAUCUUGGACUCUAUGAUGCUUCAAAUAGGCCCCUCCAGAAUAACCCAUGAAGUUCUUGCUACGUUCAUGGCUGAGGCCUCUGCCAUUGUGAACUCAAGGCCCCUAAUACCCGUCUCCACUGAUCCGGAUGACCCCUCAGUUCUGGCACCCACCUCGCUGCUGACGCAGAAGCUCGGUCCGACCCCUGUCCCUUCAGGUGAAUUUCGGGGCAAAGACCUCUUCAGACGUCAAUGGAAGCAGGUGCAGAGUUUAGCGAGCACCUUCUGGGACAGAUGGCGGAAACAAUACCUGUCUACCCUCCAGCCGAGGAGGAAGUGGCAGGCCGACAAGCAGAACAUCACAGUGGGGACUGUGGUCCUCAUGAAAGACUGUCAAUCCAAGCGAAAUGACUGGCCACUUGCACGCAUCACCAAGGUGUUUCCAAGUGAAGACGGAAGGGUCCGCAAGGUGGAAGUGAAGGUCGCUGACAAAGAAGGGGUGAAACUGUUCCUACGCCCUAUAACCCAAGUCAUUACACUCCUUCCCUCUGAAUAGCUUCAGAACUGUGUUAUUUGUUAUGUUAACUGUUAUAUAGUGGUAUCCUAGGGACACCAGACGGGGAGUGUUCUGUCUCUCUAGCACUGUAACGUGUUCUGUCGCUUUAAGAGCGAUAUGUUUACUGAUGACAUCAGUAUCUUAGCAACAACAUUAGGAAGUCAAAUCAGAGAAGUUCAUGUGAGAAAAUAAUCUGCUGACACAUCAAACUUAAUCCUUCACAUUCCUUGUCUUUGGAUGUACUGUCGCAGGGUGCCAGGGAACAACAGGAGGCCCCCAGUCCAUCCCACCCGAGCAGGAAGAGGACCCCCAGCCGAGCGGAUCCAGCGUCACUGUCACCUGCCCCCCUUCUCCACCGCCUGCCCCUGUCGCCGGGUCCACAGGCCGGGUGCUGACGCGUGCGGUCCUUGAGUCGCAGGGUGAAAUUUUAAAGGGGAUAGAGGCGAUU